AUGCAUCGAAACUUACCACAAAAUAAAGAAGCUUUAUUAAAGUCUUAUACUACUCGUCUUAAAGAAGAUGUUAAAAGUAUGUUGGAAAAUUUUGAAGAAAUAAUAAAACUGGCAAAAGGUGAAAACGAAUCACAAUUAAACAGGAUGACACAAAUAGAACAAGAUACAUUUGAAAUGCAAGUGAGAGCUGCAAAUAUUGUUAGAGCUGGAGAGUCUCUGAUGAAAUUAGUAUCAGACAUUAAACAGUACUUAAUACUAAAUGAUUUCCCUUCCGUUAAUGAAGCAAUUACACAAAAUUCAAAAUUAUUCCGGACAAAACAACAGGAGUGUGACCAAAAACUGAUGUCGCUUCGGGAUGACAUAGCAGCUGAUCUCUAUGAUUUAGAAGAUGAAUACUUCACCAGCAUAUAUAAGUGA